AUGAAAGUGGCAGCCAGGCAGGCAGGCAUUCUGGAUCCGCGCCCUGCUGGGCCGACUACUCUCCGUUUCGUCUCUGAGCCAGAAGCUGCAGCACUGGCCACCAUUAAAGAUCUCUCCAAGCGCUCGAGUAUCAAUGCUGGUGACACAAUCGUUGUCUGCGAUGCAGGAGGUGGCACAGUUGAUCUCAUUAGCUACAUUUUUCAAUCAACCGAUCCAUUCGUUGUCAAAGAAUGUGCCAAAGGUGAUGGUGACCUCUAUGGAGGAGUUUUUCUUGACGAGGCCUUCAUCAGAUUUGUCAAGAAGAAGAGUCCCAAGGGUACAUGGUACCCUGUCACUAAGACUGAGGAGAGGAAGUUCCUAAAUGACGAGUGGGAGCAUGCCAUUUUUUCAGUGUUCUCUCCGAUCGUUGACAAGAUUGAGGUCCUCGUCAGACGCCAGGUCGAUGCAAUCCAUGACAAAUACCAAGAAAAGCCCAAGUACAUCAUCCUUGUCGGUGGUUUCGGCCGCAGUCGCUUCCUUUUCAAUCAUCUUCAGGAACGAUUUGGGCGCAUUGUCUUGCAGUCCAGUGGAAACAAGCCUUGGACUGCCAUUUGCCGUGGUGCGGUCGUGCAAGGUCUCGUCCGACAUAACCCCUUCGCUAAUCUGGGUGUCGAAGUUGAGGCACGGGUCGCUCGAAUGAGCUAUGGUAUCAAAUAUACAACUCUUUUCAUCGAGGGUCACCACAAAGAGGCAGACAAGACGUGGUCCCACGUAUAUCAACACUAUCGGGCCAAGAACCAAAUAGCAUGGUUUCUGAGAGAGGGCGAGGAUAUUUCAGGGAAGAGAUCUGUUUUACACUCUUACGUCCGAUUGCUCGAAGCCCCAUCUUUCAAAGGCAGUGAGCAGAUUUACUGUUCAGCUUCCUGUGCACCUCCUGGGCGGUAUGGCGACUCGGAUGACAUUCACCGCUUUUGCACAAUGAAAUGGGACAAAAUUAUCGAUAUUGACGCACUUCCGAAGUGGACCAACCCCAUUGGUGCUGUAUACUUACGAUUGGACUACGUUAUCAAGAUGGAUUGUGAAGAUGGCACUGUGAACUUCUCAGUGUAUUGCCAAGGAUCCAAAGUCGGCGAGGAAGAAGUUGAGGUUCAGUUCAACUGA